UUAUGUUAUAUUAAUUUCAGGCAACAUGAGUCUUAUGAUUGCUGUACCGGAUCAUGCACUUACGGACAACCUAAAGGACCAAGAAGAAUCUAUUGAACGAGAUAUAUUUGUGCAACAAAAGAUAAACAUUGAAUUAGAUAUUUCUGUGCCUGAUGAUCCAAACCAAAGUUUUGGAAAUUUAAAUUUGAUCGAUCUUGGAGAUGCGAGAAGACAUCUGACUGGAAAAGCAUUAAACAAUAUAAUUGCCCGUAAAUUACGAAAAUUUGCUUCGUCGUACCACAGAUUAAGUGUGUACGCCUGGGAGUAUCGCAUACACGAAAUGUGUGAUUUCUUAGGAUUGUGGAUGAGUACAAAAUCUGCUGUAUUAACAACUGCUGCUGAUAUUCAUGAUUAUGUUAUUUGUAUCUUAAUAGAUAUAGCCGGGCAUGUUACAAAAUACAGAUCUUUCCGGGGCAUAUACUGGCAAGUACAUGUCGACAACAUUGAUAAUAAAAUAAUAAAACUUGAAGACCAGUUAAUUUAGACCACGAAUCUAAGAUACGAAUUUUCUAAAACUAUAUAAUACAUUUUCUAUAAUACUUGCAUUGUACACUAAUAUUGUAAUUGUCAAUUAGUUUAAUGUAUUACAUAAUAAACUG